GAGAAUUGAAUGAAAGUAACAAUCUUACGUUCUUUUCUCUCUCUCAUAAACAUUGAUUGAACACACAUCUUCCAAUCAAACUUUUAACCAAAGAAAUUCGUGAAAAUGACAAUUCCACUCCCCUCCCUCCGUUACUCUGUUCAAUCUGUUCCAGCAAAUCUACUCCAAUUCAACAAUCCAUCAACCUCUUCUCCACCAUCGCCUCCACCUUCCCGGGACUCAACUACCAAUACCCAAGAACCAAAAGAGAAUGUACUUUGGAUAGGAUGUUCCGACUCCCUCGUAUCAGAAACUGAUGCUCUCACAAAUGUUAAGAGAUCUGAGAUUUUCGUCCAUCGUAACUUAGGAAACCGUGUGAGUGUUGGAGAUACAAGCAGUGGAAGUGCAAUUGAAUGGGCCGUAGAUGUUCUAAAGGUACAACAUAUCAUAAUAUGCGGCCACUAUGAUUGUCAUCUGCUUGAGGAAUCAGAAAGUGACAGUAACAAUUGGUAUCGUGAUAUCAUCCAACUUCAUCAAGAGUCUGACGCACUCGAACCAGCUGCUCAAUCACCUCAGUCACGGAAUCGUCAUUUCACGGAACUUUACGUUUUGUCUGAAGUAGAAUGGUUAAGACAGCAACCUAGUGUUCAGCAAGCAAUGAAGGAAUGGGACUGUCAGAUUCAUGCUUUUGUCUAUGACCGGGAUCAAAAUAGCUGCGUAAGAUUGGUACCAGAGAGUCAGAUGAAAUGAGGCAUUCACUCCGAAUGGGAAAUGCAAAGUUGUAUAGACAGUUGUAAAUUCAGACGAGGGAUAAAAUUAUAAUUAAUUACAAAACGUUAUUCA